UCGGGUGAUCCGGCAUCAUCCGCAGCCGCCCUCUUCCAGACGGCCCAGAAAUCGCACUCCGCUUUCACUCUCGCGCCGCGCACCACACCUCGCCGCCUUCGCGCUCGCGCCGCGUCCCACCGCUCGCCGCCGCCGUCGCUUGCCUCGCAGGAGAGCAUGGGGUCGGAACAGGAGGUAGCUGCCGCCGCCGCCGUCACGGAGGAGGUCGCCGCGAGGGUGAGGAGCCUGGUCCGGAGCCUCCUCCGUCCUGGCAGCCUGCUGGGCGUCGUGGAGGCUGCAGACGCCGCGGCCGACGGCGCGAGGCGCGGGCUCGCCGAGAUGUCCCGGGAGAACGUCACCCUGCGCCGUGAGGACGUCGAGGAGUUGGCCGUCGCGGCCGCCGCAGGCACCCUCUCCGUCCUCGUCCACUUCUACAAGGGAUCGCUGAACUUACCCCGUGGCGUGGUGGAGGCUGAGAUCACCAAGGCAGUUGCGGCUGCUGGUGCCCUGGUGGGAGCCAUGACUUCCUCUUCGGCCAACAACUCUGCUUUCAGAUACUUCGUUCUGGCUUUCUGCAUGGUUGUGGCCGUACUCAGUGCUUCUUAUUUUGUCUACCCGUUGAGCGCGAUGUGAUAUACAACACCAGUUUAGCUCUCAUAGCCAUAAGGUGAAAUUUUGUACUGAUUACUUUGGGUAAUACUUGGUGACACAGAAUCUAGUGUACAGAGGGUGCAGACCAAACGCAGUUGGAUUUGUCUGGGGCUAGACAUGAUGCAAAUUCGAUAUGCUAUGAUGCGACUGCUUUUCAUAGAGUUCUUACCUUGCUGACAAUUCGUCUUGGUUUACAGCUCUUAGCUUUUAUGGUAAUAUAUCUUUCUUUCCAUAGUUGAUCCGAGAUGUUUGUGUGGACGGACUCAUAAAAACUGAAAUAUGUUCAUCAAAAUCUGCCCUAUGUCGAAACUGUAUGUUUGAUGUUUUGAUCAUCAAGUUAAAGUAUACUUUCUCGCA